AUGUUUCGCGGCAGAUAUGAGCAUACGGUCGAUACCAAAGGGCGCCUGAGCAUUCCGGCCAAGUAUCGCGAAGUCCUCCUGGGCAAAGGUGACGAACGGCUCAUUAUCACAAAUUUCGUCGUCAGUGCCAAGCGAUGCCUGGAUGUCUACCCGCUGGACGAGUGGCUGGCGCUGGAGGAAGCCGUCCGCCGGAAGCCCAAGUUCGACGCCCAAAUGGUGCGGUUUCAGACCUACUAUCUGGGUGGCGCGACGGAAUGCGCCGUGGACCCGCACGGACGUAUCCUCAUCCCGCCCACCCUGCGCAAGUACGCUGAUCUCAAGCGUGACGUGAUGCUGGCGUCGGCGGGCGAGAAGUUUCGCAUCUGGGACAAGGACGCUUGGGACAAGGUGUUCACGGAGGCUGAAGAGCAACUCAUGGAAGAUCCGGACUCCUUCUCGGAGUUGGGUUGUGAGUCCGGCGACCGAUGCCGAAGAAAGGAGCGACCAUGA